GCAUUAGUAUCCGCCCAGUAGAGCGGAGUCUGGAACGGGCGGGCGUAGCAAGCGCUCCACGCUGGCUUUCUUUCCUCGGCUCUGAGCAGAGCAACGCCCUUCGCCAGCCGCCCUUCCCUCCAGCACUCGCAUCGCCUGCCCAAGGGUUGCUUUGGUCCCCAGAGCCCGGGCGGCGCCCGCUCUCGAUUCACGCGGGCAAGAGGAAAGGGCGCCGUCGUUCCUGCCACCGCCAGUGAGACCAGCGCUGUUGUUUUCAAAGCCUUGGGAGAGCCCGGGGCACUGGGUCUAUCCCCCACCCGCCCCACUCCCCAGCUGCAGCAGGUACUUGCUGGCAGGCUCACUUUUUCCAAGCUGGGGUUGCUCACUGCGCUGAGAAAAGUACCUAAGAGGGAGGAAAGAAAGGGGAGAAAGUAAGGUGGACUAAAAAAAGAAAGAGAGGGAAAGAAAGAAAGAAAGACAAGCGGCGGGGAGGAGGCUUCCUUUGUAGCCGUGCUGAAAACUCCACCUUCGGGGCAUGGGAGCAAGGUUUGCUGGAUUUUGACAUGAAGCUGACCAGUCUCUCUUAGGUGGAGCAUCUUUUUUUUCUUCUUUUUGAAGGUCAUUCUUUCAUAGGAAUUAAAAAGUAAUUAAAACUUGCAGAAUGAAAAAAUGGCACACGCACUGUUUGCACAACCAGGACCCGAUUGCUUCUUCCGAUUCACUCAGGAGUCACUUGCAGCAAUUGAGCAAAGGAUCACCGAGGAAAAAGCCAAACAAAAAGUAGAUCAAGAGCAAAAGGAGGAGGACCAUGAUGAAAGCAAGCCAAAGCCAAAUACUGACUUGGAAGCAGGGAAGCCGUUGCCUUUUAUUUAUGGAGAUAUUCCUCCUCACUUCGUGUCUGAGCCCUUGGAAGACCUGGACCCUUAUUAUGCAAAUAAAAAAACAUUUAUAGUAUUGAAUAAAGGGAAGAAUAUCUUCAGAUUCAGUGCCACACCUGCCUUAUACAUGCUGAGUCCUUUCAAUACCCUUAGAAGAAUUUCUAUAAAAAUUUUAGUUCAUUCAUUAUUCAGCAUCUUUAUUAUGUUUACUAUUCUCACAAACUGUGUAUUCAUGACUUUGAAAGACCCUCCUGACUGGUCAAAGAUGGUAGAAUACACAUUCACUGGAAUAUAUACAUUUGAAUCCCUCAUAAAAAUUUUUGCAAGAGGUUUCUGUAUAGAUAAGUUUACGUUCCUUCGAGAUCCUUGGAAUUGGCUUGAUUUUCUUGUAAUUUCAUUUGCGUAUCUAACAGAAUUUGUAAACCUAGGCAAUGUUUCAGCUCUUCGAACUUUCAGAGUAUUGAGAGCUUUGAAAACUAUUUCUGUAAUUCCAGGCCUGAAGACAAUUGUAGGCGCCCUCAUUCAGUCAGUGAAGAAGCUUUCAGAUGUUAUGAUCUUGACUCUGUUUUGUCUGAGUGUGUUUGCACUAAUAGGAUUGCAGUUGUUCAUGAAGCACUUGAGGCAUAAAUGCUUGUUUUGGCCCCUGCGUAACACUUCUUAUGAAGAUCCACGCUAUAAGGAAUACUACAAUGGAACUGAGUUCAUGUGGUCUAAAUAUAUUGAAAAUAAAGACCACUUUUACUUCUUGAAAGGUGCAAAGGAUGCCUUGCUAUGUGGUAAUAACUCAGAUGCUGGGCAGUGUCCAGAAGGUUACACGUGUGUACCAAUUGGUAGAAACCCGGACUAUGGCUAUACAAGUUUUGAUAGCUUUAGUUGGGCUUUCUUGUCACUCUUUCGGCUUAUGACUCAGGAUUACUGGGAAAACCUUUAUCAACAGACAUUGCGGGCUGCUGGCAAAGGAUACAUGUUCUUUUUCGUCGUGGUGAUUUUCCUGGGCUCUUUCUACCUUAUCAACCUGAUCUUGGCAGUAGUAGCUAUGGCCUACGAUGAGCAAAAUCAAGCUACUAUUGAGGAAGCUCAGCGAAAGGAGACAGAGUAUCAGCAAAUGCUUGAGCAUCUGAAAAGGCAACAAGAGGAAGCUCAGGCACUGGCGGCGGCAGCGGCUUAUAAAGAUUUCAGGGACGAUGCUGCUCUUGGAAGACUUUCCGAAACAUCUUCAGAAUUAUCAAGCUCCAAAAGUGCUAAAGAAAGGAGAAACCGAAGGAAAAAAAGACGGCAAAGAGAAUUGUCUGUCGGCGAACCUGGAGGGAACAACAAAACGUUUCCAAAAUCAGAAUCAGAUAGUAGCAUCCGAAGGAAAGGAUUUCGAUUUUCCUUGGAAGGGAAUAGACUCACGUAUGAAAACAGGGUCAUUUCUCCAUACCAGUCAAUGCUGUUUCCCACGAGGCGCAAUAGCCGGGCCAGCUUCUCCAGCUUCAAAGGUCCAACCGCCGAAGGAGGCUCCGAUGCCGAUAGUGAGCACAGCACCUUUGAAGAAAACGGAAGCCGGAAUGGUUCCUAUUUUGUUGUACGCAGACAUAGUGACCGUCGCAGCAGCAACAUUAGUCAGACCAUGUUUCCAAUGAAUGGGAAGAUGCAGAGCAGUGUGGACUGCAAUGGGGUGGUUUCCUUGGUAGGAGGACCCCCUGUGCUCCUGUCGCCCACAGGACAGCUUCUCCCAGAGGUGAUAAUAGAUAAAGCAACUACCGAUGACAGUACUACUGCUUCUGAGGUGGAAGGCAAAAAGAGGCGGUCCAGUUCUUUUCAGAUAUCGAUGGAUUUGCUGGAAGACCCCACCAUAAGGGAAAGAGCAAUGAGUAUAGCAAGCAUUAUCACAAACACGAUGGAAGAACUUGAAGAAUCAAGACAGAAAUGUCCACCAUGCUGGUAUAAAUUUGCGGACAGUUACUUGAUUUGGAAUUGUUCUGAUAGGUGGUUACAAAUAAAGAGAAUUAUGCAUUUAAUUGUGAUGGAUCCAUUUGUUGAUCUUGGAAUUACCAUCUGCAUUAUUUUAAAUACACUAUUCAUGAGCAUGGAACAUUAUCCAAUUGAGGACUCCUUCAGUAGUGUUCUUAAAACUGGAAAUAUGGUUUUCACUGGAAUCUUCACUGCAGAGAUGGUCCUCAAAAUAAUUGCCAUGGAUCCUUAUUAUUAUUUCCAAGAAGGCUGGAAUAUUUUUGAUAGCAUCAUUGUAUCCCUGAGUUUAAUGGAGUUGGGUCUUCAAGAUGUGGACGGAUUGUCAGUCUUAAGAUCUUUCAGACUGCUUCGAGUGUUCAAACUGGCAAAGUCUUGGCCAACUCUAAACAUGCUAAUAAAGAUCAUUGGGAACUCAGUUGGAGCUUUAGGAAACUUGACCUUGGUGCUAGCUAUCAUUGUCUUCAUAUUUGCUGUGGUUGGUAUGCAGCUGUUUGGUAAAAACUAUGACAGUUGUAAAUGCAAAAUUUCAGAAGACUGUAAACUUCCACGCUGGCACAUGAAUGACUUUUUCCACUCAUUCUUGAUCGUGUUCCGAGUUCUUUGUGGCGAAUGGAUAGAAACCAUGUGGGACUGUAUGGAGGUUGCAGGUCAACCCCUUUGCCUGACCGUUUUUAUGAUGGUGAUGGUGAUUGGAAACCUGGUGCUUCUAAACCUCUUCCUGGCAUUAUUAUUGAGUUCUUUCAGUUCAGACAGCCUUGCUGCUCCAGAGCAGGAAACUGAAGCAAAUAAUCUACAGAUUGCUAUAUCAAGAAUUCAGAGGGGAAUAAAUUACAUAAAGAGGAAGAUAUGUGAAUUUGUGCAAAUUGUUUUUUUGCAAAGAUGCAAGGAACCUUCUGGAUUAAGUGCACCUGAUCUACAAAACAAUAAGAAAGAUCAGUGCAUUCCCAACCACACCAUAGUGGAGAUCAACCAAACUUUUGGUUAUCAGAGGCCUAGAAUGACUACCAGCUGCAUGGACAACACUGAUCACAUGUCAUUCAUAAACAACCCAAAUCUUACUGUGACUGUGCCGAUAGCAGUGGGAGAGUCUGAUUUUGAACAUUUCAACACAGAAGAACUUACCAGCAUAUCUGAACUUGAAGAAACCAAAGAAAAAACAAGUCUAUCCAGCUCCACUGAAGGUAGCACAAUUAUUUUCGCAUCUGUGGCGGACAAAGAAUCUGAUGCUGCAGCAAAAGGCCCACCACAACCAAAACCUUGUUUUACUGAUGGUUGUGUAGAGAAAUUCAGAUGUUGUCAGAUCAAUAUAGAGUCUGGGAAAGGCAAAUGCUGGUGGAACCUUCGCAAAACUUGCUUUAAGAUAGUGGAACACAAUUGGUUUGAAACCUUCAUUGUCUUCAUGAUUCUUCUAAGCAGUGGUGCUUUGGCUUUCGAAGACAUAUACAUUGAGCAGCGCAAGACUAUCAAGAUCGUACUGGAAUACGCAGACAAGGUCUUCACCUACAUCUUUAUUUUAGAAAUGCUUCUAAAGUGGGUGGCUUAUGGCUUUCAAGCCUAUUUCACCAAUGCCUGGUGCUGGCUGGAUUUCAUGAUUGUAGAUGUUUCCUUAGUCAGUUUAAUUGCCAACGCCUUGGACUAUUCGGAACUUGGCCCUAUUAAAUCGCUUCGCACUCUGAGAGCUUUGAGACCUUUAAGGGCCUUAUCCCGCUUCGAAGGAAUGAGGGUGGUGGUCAAUGCCCUGAUAGGAGCCAUACCCUCGAUUAUGAAUGUGCUUCUUGUUUGUCUUAUAUUCUGGCUAAUUUUCAGCAUCAUGGGUGUAAACCUGUUUGCUGGUACAUUCUUUGAAUGUGUUAAUAAAACAGAUGGAGUAAGGAUUUCUCAUUUAAUCGUUCCAUUUAAAAAUGUCUGCGAGACUUUAGACUAUGCCAGAUGGAAAAAUGUUAAAGUCAACUUUGACAACGUUGGAGCUGGAUAUCUCUCUCUUCUUCAAGUUGCUACCUUUAAAGGAUGGAUGGAAAUAAUGUAUGCUGCUGUUGAUUCAACAGGAAUAGAAAAGCAACCCCAGUAUGAGCAUAACCUGUAUAUGUAUCUUUACUUUGUCGGCUUCAUUAUAUUUGGUUCAUUCUUCACUUUGAAUCUGUUCAUUGGCGUCAUCAUUGAUAAUUUCAACCAACAGAAAAAGAAGUUAGGAGGGCAAGAUAUUUUUAUGACAGAAGAACAGAAAAAAUAUUAUAAUGCCAUGAAAAAAUUGGGAUCAAAAAAACCACAGAAACCUAUACCCAGGCCUUCAAAUAAAAUACAAGGCUUUGUUUUUGAUUUUGUAACCAAACAAGCCUUUGACAUCGGCAUCAUGAUUCUUAUCUGCCUUAACAUGGUUACCAUGAUGGUGGAAACAGCUGACCAGGAUUCUUCUGUAGAAGAGAUUUUAUAUUGGAUUAAUUUGAUUUUCAUUGUCAUUUUUACUGGGGAGUGUCUCCUGAAAUUGAUUGCUCUCCGUUACUAUUAUUUCACUAUUGGCUGGAAUAUAUUUGAUUUUGUGGUUGUCAUAUUCUCCAUUGUAGGUAUGUGCCUGUCACAGAUCAUUGAGAAAUUCUUUGUAUCCCCCACUUUGUUUCGAGUGGUCCGACUUGCCAGGAUAGGUCGAGUCCUGCGUCUAAUCAAGGGGGCAAAAGGGAUCCGCACUCUGCUUUUUGCCUUGAUGAUGUCUCUCCCUGCCUUGUUUAAUAUUGGUCUCCUCCUUUUCCUGGUCAUGUUCAUCUAUGCCAUAUUUGGAAUGUCCCAAUUUGCCUACGUUAAAAAGGAAUCUGGGAUUGACGACAUGUUCAAUUUUGAAACUUUUCCUAACAGUAUGAUCUGCCUUUUCCAAAUUACCACAUCCGGUGGUUGGAAUUAUCUGCUGUUUCCCAUUCUCAACAAGGAGCCAGACUGUGACCCUAAAAAAGUUCAUCCGGGAAGCUCAGUUGAAGGAGAUUGUGGCAAUCCUUCGGUUGGGAUUUUCUUCUUUGUCAGCUACAUUAUCAUCUCGUUUUUAGUUGUAGUCAAUAUGUACAUUGCUGUCAUUUUGGAGAACUUCAGUGUGGCUACCGAAGAAAGUGCUGAACCGCUAGGGGAAGAUGAUUUUGAGAUGUUCUACGAGGUCUGGGAAAAAUUUGAUCCAGGUGCAACACAGUUUAUAGAGUACAGCAAGCUCUUUGAUUUUGCUGCCUCACUAGAGCCCCCUCUGCUAAUACCAAAACCAAACAAAGUUCAGCUAAUUGCGAUGGACCUGCCCAUUGUGAGUGGCGACAGGAUUCACUGUCUUGAUAUCUUAUUUGCCUUUACAAAGCGUGUUUUGGGUGAAAGCGAUGAAAUGGACGCCCUCCGUGUGCAAAUGGAAGACCGGUUUAUGGCUGCCAAUCCCUCAAAAGUCUCCUAUGAACCAAUUACAACCACCCUGAAAAGGAAACUUGAGGAGCAAUCGGCUAAGGUUAUUCAGAGAGCCUUUAGGCAUCAUCGCCUGAGGAAACCAGUGUUCAAUACGUCAUACUUAUACAGGGAUGGGGAUGUUUUUCCUCCCAAAACAGAAAUGGCUUUUGAUAAAUUAAGUUUGAGCUUAACUCUGGAAAAGAUAGAAAGAAGCUCCUCCACAACGUCACCUCCUUCCUAUGAUAGUGUAACAAAACCAGACAAAUAUGAACAAGAAAAGUCAGAAAAAGAAGAAAAAGGUAAAGAUGACAAGGAUUAUAGAAAGUAACCCUGAAGCAGGCCUAUCAUUCUAUCUACACCAAAUUGUUUACAGCAGCAGAAAGGUAAUACUGAUACCAACAGGAAUUAUGCUGAAAGCUUAUGCCAAACUGACCAUUUCUACUAUAUCAUCGUAAUAUAUUCAUGCAUCCAAGGUACUUGUAAUUUUAUCGUUGACUGCAUAGUAUGGUAACAGACUUAUGAGGACAAGAACAAUUCUUCUUACCAGCUUGCACAGAUGAAGAGGACUCACAAAAUUACUAUAGGCUGCCAGAAUGCAUUAGCACUUGUGUGUGUGUGUGUGUGUGUGUGUGGUGUGUGUGUUAAUAACAACAACCAAAAAUUAUUCCCUUGCUGCAGUAAUUGUAUCCAAUGUGUAGGUCUCAAUUGCCAUUUACGUCAUGUUUGACAAAAUUGUUAGUGCAGUUGUAUUUCUGUUCAUAAAUUAUUGUUUGUGAUUAUGUCCAGCAACAGAAUUGAUUUUUCAUAUAUAUUUAACUUUAUUACUUAUAAUAAUGAUAGGAUCAUUGGGGAAUUUAACCAUUGUAGGCUUAAAACUCUUGUCAGACAUUUGUAGGCUUGUCCAAAGUUUAUCUGCAAGAUCCUUCAGAUCCUGGAAAAAAAUAUUGUCCAACUUAAGUUUACUAAAAGCUGAGCCUACCAGAAAACAAAUGACGGGAAUCAAAAUAAGAGACUUGACGUCCAGUUAAAAUUCAGUGAAAAGCUUAAGAGAAUUGUAAGCAACUAGAAGUUCAGAUCUUGAACUCAUGUGAUUGGAAAGAGCUAGAAGUAGGCAAGAUGGAAGCCCAGCUAGGAGGUGAAGGGUACGGACAGUGAAUGGUUGGCCACCUGGAAUGGAGGCACAUACCUCCCUUGAAAAGAAUAGGGCAUUUCCACAGUGGAUAGUUUGUGAUGUGAUUCUUUCAGGUAGCAGAAUUUCAGAUCUCUGGCGAGAACAUACUCAGCAUUAUCCAUGAAGAUGGAUGAGGUUUCUUUGGCUAUUGAGCUUUAUUUUGUACAGGCUGAGAGGGGCUGUUGGGCACAAUAGCACAUGUGUGUUGCUUCCUGCCAUAGGUAGCGACAGAAGUUCUUCCUCCAUUACUGCAAAGUCAGCCAGCAGCUUGAACUACUAAUCUUCUUUAUUGGCUGUUGCUGGUUCCAGGCUUUAUUUGCAGUUUAUCACUGCUCAAGCCAUUGGCUGUUUGAAUUUGGCUGAAAUCUGCUCACCUUUAAAGAGACAGGUAGGUGCUUUAAGAAUAUAGGCUGGUGUCUGGCAUAACUCAAGUGCUAAAUGGAACUUUGUGGGAUUUUCUUUCCCAAAACAAUCUGAAUUAGCUGCUACAUGGACUCCCAUCAAUUCUGACUAUUUUUUAUUUUUAUAGUUUCUCACGUUUGGGCAAUUCUUCUAGCUCCUCAACUUCCACAGGUUUUAGUUUUCCGUUUGUCUGUACACAUACAAAUGUUCCUAUUGUAGAAGAGGAAUGUGUUCCAAGGUGAUACUUCUUUAGAGGAAAAAGUCUUGAAUCCUGUGAGAUAUGGUACAUAAGAAUGCAAAAGCUGAAAGGAUUUUAUGUUCUCAUAUGUAUUCUCCUGUAACUACUUCUACAGAGAAAAAGAUAACUAUUAAAAAUAAUCAAAAAUAAAAUGUACAUAUUCUAAAAUUAAGUACUAUAGCAUACAGUGUAUACACUGCAUUUGAUGGUAAGACUAGCUCUUACCAUUCAUAUAUGGGUUCACUGAUUUGAUUGAUUGGUUGACCAUCGGAAAACACAUAUUUUCAAUGGUUUUAGGAAUAAUUUUAUGGUUGGGGGUCACCACAACAUGAGGAACUGUAUUAAAGGGUCGUGGUAUUAGGAAGAUUGAGAACCACUGCUCUAGCACAUUAGUUAUCCAUUGAAUUUAUUUGGCCAGUUAGUAUACUAGUAUUUUCACACAUGUACAGAUAACAGAUGCUCUACUUCCUAGCUCACGCAUGAUGGAAAAGUAAACAACAAGAAGUCAUAACUUGUCCAAAUUUCAGGGUUACACAAGUUUGUAACUUUUACCUAUUCAUGUUGUAUCAUACAAGAUAACUUUAUCAUACAAGAUAAAGUUUCUAUACAGCUAUGUGUAGGUAAACUGAACCAAAUAACAUGAUGACUUUUCUUUUUAUUGUAAAUGUCCGUAUCUGAAUUAGUAUAUUUCACAAUUUGUUUGCUAAACAGGAUUGUUUGUUUAUGUGGGUCAUAAUUGUUUUUACUGGUUUUUGUUUUAAUUUAUAUUUAAACCAUCCAGAAUCUUCUGGAGUGGGCAGCUAUAGCAAUCUAAUAAAUUAAGUGAAAUAAGCCAAAAUAAUUAUACAGUUGGCUUAUUUAAAUACACCAUUUCUUUUUUCUUCCAAACUAGCUGUAGAAUGAUUGGAUAUGAACUUUGAGCCUAGCCUAGCUCUCAAAAGAUUAUUGAAUCAUCAUCAUCACUAUUUGAACGAGAAUUGUUCAAACACAUCUAGAGCUGCAAAGGUUCUAGAUUAGCUUCUUAAAUAUUUUAUAGAUUGAAAAUGUCCACUCGAUAAAGUGUGCUUAUGUUGUGUCUAGAAAAAGUGCAGAUGUCAGGUGCUGCCUUAGGAAAAGAAUCCCACAUAACUUUCUCACAAGGAGAAAGGAAGAUUCUUCCCAUGAAGCUUUUGAAAAAUGAGCAAGAUUUUUAGACAUUACUGUUUAACCUCUCUGCAGUUGUUGAAUGCUCAUUACUGUAAUUGAGUGAAGACUUUCUUAAAAAAAAAACAAUAGUUGAUAGCUUUUCCUAUACUCUUUUUACUUUCAGAUAAGAGCUUUCUCACCUUACGUACCUUAUAGGGGAAACAGAGAAAUCCUAAAUUAACUGAACAUGCCAUUCUUGGAAAUGGGGCUGAUGUGUAUAAUUUAGUAAAGUUACUAGAUUAGAGUGAUUUGGAUUUUAUUGGCAGGAUCUAGAUCUGUUGGUGCAGAAUACCUUUGUUGCCUCUGAUUCAUCUUUUUUGUAGUUGUCAGACGGGGGAAAUCAUGUGUCUGAAGCUGAAACUAGUUGAAGAGAUAUUCUUCUAUUUAUAUUUGAUGCUGCAUAUAACCACUGUACAAUUUUUACUACUUGAUUAUCCUAUGACAUGAAACAUUACUGUACUAACAAGAUGUACUAUGAACAUGGUAAUUGGUUUAAAAUAUAAAUGUAUACAACUUUUUAUAAAAGCAUAUUUUAUAUUAUUUUUAAAUCACUUUGAUUUAUCAGCUUGCAGUUGAUAUAUGCUUGCUUUAUUUAUUUGAACCGGUAUUUUAUAAUACAUUUUAACACACCAAUGGGGGUGGUGGACAAUCAGGUUGUUAAUGCUAUGUUUUGUUUCUGUGCCUCCUAGCAGUUUCAAUUAAAAAAGCUGAACAAUUAGUAAUUGAAGUAAUUGCAGAUGUAUGGAGACUGUGUGAUUUGCCUGUGAAAGCAAUGAGCUUUGGGUCAGUGAUAUUAGUGAAUGUUUGGUUCUCAUAGUACUAGCACCAACACUUGGGUCUUGAAUUUCACUACUGCUACAUCUGUUGCAGUAUUCGUUUUGAUCUGUGCUGCGUUAGAUAUAUCAUAGCUGUAAUUUGGUCCCCAGAGGCUGAUUCGAAUGUCCUCUUUGUUUAAGAACAAAAUAGCAAAAUGAAAACCAAUGUAUCUGGGCAUCUUUUGUUUUGUGUUUCUUACAGAGGGAAGAAGUAAACCUAUUCUUUUACUUUGGCUAUUGACUAGUAAUAUAUAUUGAUGAAUUGCAUGUAGAAGAAUAUUUUAGCAUAAAUAACUAUAAACCAUAUUACUAACAAGCCAAAAGAAUAAAGCUGAUCAUUUUUAUCAUGGAUCGAUUAACUUUGUGCUUCUUUUUAACUUUAAAUUUUCAUUAAAGCAAAAUAAUGUUUAAGGAUGGGGGAGAGGGUGUUAAAUAGUGAAACAAACCAAAAUAAGAUCCAAUUGUUUACCCAAUUGGGCCCAGCUACAUCAGUAGAUACCAAAGAUUUAAGCAUCAGCAGGAUAUAAUUGAUAGAGAAUGUGUAGCUCAGAGCUGAACUGUCAACAGCACCAGUCUGAAGAUAAAUAGUACAAGAGCAAUGCAGAGACUUGCUCUUAUAUAAAUCCAACUGUGUUUCGUGGUUUACUAGGUGAUUGUGACAAUUUUCACCCUGCUAGUACAAACCUUUUCAUCUGUAAUGUCUGUAUUAGCAUGGAAGGAAUAAUUACAACUUCUCAAGCUAUCACCUAGAAACCAUCUUAAUCCAGAGAUUAAGCCAAAUUUUAAAUCAAAGUAACAUAAAGGCAAGAUAAUGUAGGAAUACCCCAGAUCUACUAUUCUUUCACUAAGGAGGACCAACUGGUCCCCUACCUGCUUCAUUUCUGGUAAGCAAUAAAUAUAUCCUUAUUUUCUUAACAGGUUGAUGCUUCUUUCCUUUGGAAGAUUUAAUUUAGCACUUUCCUAAUCUUUUGAUGCUUAUUUUUCAUAUUUUUAUAUGCUGUAUUUGCAAUCUUGUAGCAUCAAGGUGAUUUUUAUAAAUUCUCUAAUAUUCUCAGGAAAAAUCACCUCUCAUCUUUUUCAUUAAUACAGAAGUAUGUUUUUCUGAACUCAGCUAUUGUCCUACAGUAUUUGUCUCGAUAUUAUCACAUAUUUUUACUCUGAUCUAUUAUAUGAGGUUUUUAUCUUUAGAGAGUUAUGAUCUCAUGUAUCAUCCCUGGAAUGUUUAUGUAAAACUAAUGUUCUUAAUUAUUGAUUUCAAACCCUUCACAUUAAUUUGCCAGCAGAUAAUCCAUUUAAUUUAUUUAAUUUGCCUGCUUUUCCCUGGAUUUGCUAGAUAAAUCAUAAUGCUGAGUUUUCUACUGCCCUAUUCCCAAGUAUGGCCCCAACCUCACUAGCCAACCAUGUCUGUUCUAGUCAUUCUGUGGCAGUCUGCUGAUCCAUUAUCCAUGCUCUUGGCUAAGGAAAUAAACUGCAAUCCACGAGACAGAAGCAAAAUAAAACUAUAUACAGUAUUUUGGGAUAAAAUUAUGAAGCUUGGCAUAUUUGGACACUAAACAAUUAUAAUGGCUCCCAGUAACUAAAAUAUAUUUCAGAAGACAGGAGUGACAAAUGUGUCCUACUUUUUAAUCCAGUCAAGGAGAAUAUUCUUGUGAAUGUCACAAAUAAUGGUGAAUGCAAUUUUCGGCAAGGUCUUUAUUCCAAGAUGUAAAAUAGAAUGCAGCCUUACAGCAAUCACACGAGUUAACUGUGACUCAUGGAAGGUAAUUGAUUUGAUAGCUGUGCUGCCAGCUCAUCAAGCUGAAGAUCUCUUAAAGGAUUUUUGUUUAAGGACAAAAUUUGGAAUCCUUUCUCCUUCCUUACAUUGCUUGCUUUUUUCUUAACAUCCCCAGCAUCAUCGAGAACAUCAUUUCAUUAUUUAGAUGUAUUUUUCCUUUUCAUCUUGAAAUAUAGUUGACCUACUGUUGACCUACUGUUUCAUGUAGGUCAACAUGUAUUCCUGCCCUUCCAAGGCACAUCUAAAGGAUGUGGUCUUUUUGUCAGCAAUUCUCCAAAUGGACAGCAGUAGCCAUAAACUUUGUGAGGUGAUCAAACAGCUAUGUCCCCUUCCAACCUGUUUUGUUUCCCAUACGAGCAUCAUAGCCUUUCUUUCAAGCAUUCCCUGACUAGUUGUGUUGGCAACUGCAUGGGCUCAACCUUUCACUAUAGAUUAGAUGUCCAUUCCCAGACAUUUGAAAGGGGCAACUUAUUUCAGUCAUGUUAUGAUACCCAAACACUGCUCCAGGUAAGCAACUUUUUACUCACUCGUGUUAAGUCACAAUGUUCACAAGAAAUAGUUACUUAUCUUUAACCGCUGUUCCUUGAGUCGUCAUCUGUGAAUUCACACAAUCUGUGAAUCUCUGAUCUUGCUUGAAGUCCUGUGUUCCUUCAGAUCCUUUCUGCCAAGAACUGGAGGUUCUUAUUCAUCCGGUCACAGGGUAUAUGGGCGAGAUGGUGUUUCUGCCAAGUAAUUCUGUUCUAAAAAUUGCAAAUGAGACUCUGCCCUAUGUGUGCUUUCAAAGGUGAUCACUUAAAGAAUUAGUUACAGAUAGUUUGAUUUUUUUUUAAAAAAGAACAAAUGUUAAACAAGCAAUAGUCACCUGGUUUAUGCAAUGGAAUUUCAUUUUAAUGUUUGCCUAUUAGUGUACAUUCAAAUAAAGUUAUUCUAUGUUCUAUGAC